UUUGAUUGCUAGCGACGUUAGUAAGCAUUCCUGUUUAAAGUAAUAAAUAUUGGGUUCGUUAUGAAAUAACUUAAUAUCCAAAUAUGAAUCAAACAAUUAACGUCGAGCAGCUAAACUCUGCACUGACUUCACUUAGAACUCUUCGAUCAAGUGUGAGCCAUGUGUUUGAAACUCUAUCAAAUGGGCUAAGAGCGGACCACGGUGAGGAUGGCAAAGAUAAGUUUCUUUUAGAAUUGCAAGAACUUUUGAACAAUGUAAACAUAAAUCUGCGUGACUUAGAACAAACAGUUACUGGACUACCCAUACCUACAGCGCCAUUUAAUUUGGGUAAUACGACAUUUUUAAGCCAAGAAACAACACAAGAUAGACAGGCUUUGUAUACCCAACUGGUCAAUAGUUAUAAAUGGACCGAUAAAAUACACGAAUAUAGUUCAUUUGCCCACACGUUGCUGAGUCAAAAUUCUCUAAAAAGAUCAUAUAUAAAUUCCGGCAGCACCAAGAGACGAGGAAAACUACAAAGCAACCACAACGUAGCGCCCUUACAGGUCGACAAUGUUAUUAAUAAUAUAGACCGUUCAUACAAUGACAUGAAAAUCACAAUUUCACGGCCUUUCGCAAGUAAUGCAGUGGUUCAAAUCAAUCUCAGCCAUGUUUUAAAAGCUGUGGUUGCAUUUAAGGGUCUGCUUAUGGAAUGGGUUAUGGUGAAAGGUUACGGCGAGACUCUAGACUUGUGGACUGAGUCCAGGCACCAUGUAUUUAGAAAAGUAACUGAAAAUGCACAUGCAGCCAUGCUACAUUUCUAUUCUCCAACUCUACCAGAACUAGCCGUUCGUUCUUUUAUGACUUGGCUACACAGCUAUGUGAACCUGUUCAGUGAGCCAUGUAAGCGGUGUGGUUGUCACCUCCACCAUACAUCCAUGCUGCCGCCCGCCUGGCGGGACUUCCGCACCCUUGAACCUUUUCACGAUGAAUGCAAACAAUAGUUAAUGUGGUAUUGAAUGAGAAUGCAGCUCACUGCUCCCAUAUAAGUGCAACUGCAUUUUCAUUCAAUAUAUAAAACGGUGAUGAGUGAUAUAAGUGAAAAUGACAUUAUAAAAGGUAAACAAUUGUAUCUUUGAUACUGUAUUCAUGUGUCUAAAAAUUAUAAAUUUUCCCUUAAAUAUUAUUAACCUAUUGUUAUUAUUGCUGAAUAAAGAGUAAAAAAUUUCACUGUAAAUUUCUAGCAAAAUUUUAAGACAAUAAGCCUGUCUGUUAAUCAUCUAUAUUGUAGGUAUGAGAAAGAAUAUUUUAUUGUAUAAAAAUCAUAUAAAUCUAUUAACAUUAUAUUUGAAUAAUCACUUAAACCUUACACCUAACUAACUUGUCUCUAUUAACAUAUGGCAUAAUUAACACAAUAAUAUGUAAAUAGUGAAACUUAAAUGUAAUUGAUAUUAGUAGUGAUACAAAUAUUUAAACAAAUAACUUAGCUGCUGGUAUUAUUAUAAGGACGGAAUAAUAAACCGAGUAACUUUCAA